AUGAUAUCAAGAAAAUUAACCAUCUCACUUCUGACAUUAUUCUACGGUAUCAAGGAUAUAAAUACACAAGAUACUACCACCGGGUAUACAUAUUUAAACUGUUAUGGCUCAAUACCUUCCGGCUUCACACUAUAUGAUUCAUACGCAUACCAAUCUAGUUCACAUUGUUACACAAAUUGUUUAGCUAAUGGGUCCCAAUAUUUUGCAUUAACUAACCAUGCAGAUUGCUACUGUGGGAAUCAGGCACCUUCUUCAUCAGAUGUAUCCUCUUCAUGUAACACUAAUUGUAAUGGGUACGGGCAAGAAAUGUGUGGUGGUGAAGACGCUUUUUCUGUUUACACUAUUGAUUCAGAUGAUGAUAAUACUGGUACUUCAAAUGAUGCAGUAAGCAGUCCUACUACCACUACAAGUACUAGUAGUACUAGGUCGAUCACUUCCUCAUCUACUACCACCACAUCCCAUUUUUCCUCUUCCACGUUUCCAACUUCUAUCUCUACUACUAGUACACUUCUACCAAAUCCACAAACAAGUAGUACUACUAGUACUACUAGUAGUAUUAGUAGUGCUAAUAGCAUCAUUAAUAGUGGCACUACGACACAAGAACAAGCAACUACAUCUGUAUCAGAAACGGUAGCAGUUGUGUAUCAAACAGCAUAUAAUACGGAGGGUGGAUCGACAGUCUUCGUUACAAACACGAUCACACAAAGUUACGCAGCUACGGGACUCAUGAAUAACAAUUCCAGUUCAUCCAAUAUGUCCAAAGAUUCUAAAAACAAGAAGAAAACAAACGUGGGUGCCAUUGUUGGUGGUGUUGUUGGUGGUGUCGUGGGUGCUAUCGUCGUUGCCAUUGGUAUAUUAUUACUUAUAAGACAUAUUAAUGUGAAACGAGAGGAAGCAAGAAUGGAGAAAGAGUAUCAAGAAGCUAUCAAACCUGUGGAGUUCAACGAUUAUGAUACGACGGCGACGACGUCUGGUGGUGGGUUUGAUGAUUUGGGAUUUGAAAAUAAAGAUGUCGCCGGGGGUGUAACGAUAACGAAUGAUAAUAAUGGUAAUAAGAAUGUCGGCGAUGUGAUCUAUAGUAAUUCGAUAUCUCGAUCACAGCAUCCUUUGACAACGACAGAUUCAGGAAGUUUCCUGGAUGAUUUGAGGGUGCCUCCCAAUAUGGUUAGUAAUCCCUUCGAUGAUUCUAGAAGAAUUAGUAAUGGUUCGAUAUUACAUGGGCCAGCAUCGCAUGGUGGCAAGACGUUGACUGUUGUAAACCCUGAUGAAACGGAUUAA